ACAAGCCAAAAAAGAAGAGAAUAGAAGGGGGCAGCAUACAUACCAGUAGCCAGUAGGUAGUCUCCAUCACUUUGACUUCGGAGCAACCGCGACCACGUCGGUAGCAUAAAGCUUUCGCCCGUAGCGCAACAGCGCACGGCUGGCUCGGGUGAGAGAGACAGGGAAGGCGGAGGGGGCGGAGGCUGGGCGGCAGAGGCGGCGCCGUCACUCUGUUCUUGCGCUCAUCUCCAGAGGAAGCUGCAAAUUGCUGCAGGGGAGCGUCACGGUUCAGCAAUGGCAGCUCCGAAUACCUACGCCGUCCAUCUCUCCUCGGAGACCCACAAGAUCGAGGCCUGGUGCGAAUCGGACGAGGCUUUGGCUAAGCAACUGCAGGAGGAGGAGGAUUCGCUCGCUACAAGGGAAUUUGCCGGCAGCGUGUCCUUGGAACCAUCAUCACCAGCUGUUGAGUAUAGGCCUGCCAAUAAUGCAGCUCAGGUGGCGACAGAAGAUAAUGUCGAUCCGGAUAAUAUGUCAUACGAGCAACUGCAAGCAAUCGGUGAAGAAGUAGGAACUCAGUCCAGAGGAUUAUCUGAUGACCUGAUCAGCUACCUGGAGCCUUUUAGGAACAAAUGUAACUUCUUCUCCUGCAAAAAGAAUACCGAUGAGUACGUGACAGUUAGUUUUACUCUGAAUCGAUCAUCAUUUUGUAACCCUAUGAUGAACAAUAAUCGUGUGAUACCCCCAUGCAGAUGUGUGAUCUGCAAAUCGAGCUAUAAAAGCCUACAGAAGUUGAUAAGAUUGCCCUGCAGCCAUUGUUACCAUGCAAAUUGCAUAACUCGCUGGCUUAAGAUUAACAAGGCAUGCCCAGUCUGCAAUGAGGAGGUAUUCGGUUAACUUGCGAUGUUAGUGGAGACGUUGUGGCCUCCUCGCCGCAUCAUGAUAAUGGACAAUCUUGCUCUCCUAUAGCCUAUUAUACUAUAAAAUACUUGAUGGUCUACCGUGCUUUAAGAACAAAUGUAUUUCGGAUCAUGCCAUGUUUGAUGUCCCCCAACUUUGUUUUGUCAUUAAGGUAAUGAUAAAUAUGUGCGGGCAGUGGGUUAUAUAGUUCGCAAUUUUCCGAGAAUGCAACCGAGCAGGAGCAGCUAAGUAGAUGAUGUGGUUUGCUAUGUCUUGCACAGUCUUUACAUCAGCCCACUGUGUAAAGUCCGAAGCAAGAUUUGUAAAUGUUUAUAUAGGACGUCUCUUUUUGACUUUGAAAGGUUCAGACAAGUGUGUUCUGAGGUUUCCAAAAUUUUGGGAACAAAUCUUGCAUGUAAAAAUUAUAAUGGAAUGAACUGUGUUUUUCGCAAA